GAGCCCCGAGGCUGUGGUCCAGCAGGGCCCGACAGCGGUGGUGUGGGGUGGCUGGAGCCGGGAUCGGGAGUGCGAAGCUGUUCGGAAGGGCUCGCGGAGCCUGGAAGCGAGAGAGGCCCGGGCAGUGGGAGAGCACGGAGGUCGGGGCCGUUGUAGGGGCAGAGCGCUGGGAAGGGUGGUGGGAACGGUUGGUCUGGGUGGCCAGGAUGGUCCUCACCACCUCGAUGAGGGGGCCAGGCAGGGACCCCCCACUGCCUCCCCUGUUGCCACAUCGUGUUUGUCUUGGUGCCUUGUUCCAAAACGUUUCUGACGUUGUUCUGCCACACUUAGAGCUGGUGAUGCCAUUCUUCAUCGAGCCUUGUCGUGUUCCUCAAAUAUCCUUGACCUGUUGUAGUGGUUGUUGUGACACAUCCACACUUCGUUUCCACCGUGAUACCCUCAUGGUGACCAUGACAUGGAAUAAGGGUACUGGGAAGACAUUGAGGUAGCUGGCUGCUCUGUGGCAGGAUUUUGAAUCUCUCUGGGGGCAGGGCUUCAUUUCCAGGAUAUUUCAGUGUUAUGAAUGAGGAAGGUGGUGUCUGGUCUGUCAGCUCAUCCACCACAGUUUGGCCUUUGGUGGAGCACUAAGGCUGCUGCAUUUGUUUGUGCCAGUGUUACUUGGGCACGUUGUUGGGCCGAAGUGCUGCCCCAGCACCUUCCACCUCUGUGGCUCACACAGGUCUGUCCUGGGGACAUCCAGGAGCUGUCACUGGUGAGGUUUGGCUGUGGGGCAUCUCUGCUGUGACACUGUGCAGGGCCCUGACUGGGGCCACUGACUGGGACCCUGAUCUUCCUGAGCAGUGCGGGAGGUGGCCUGUGUGUCGUGUCAUCUGUUCAUUCUUUGCUCUUUCAGAUGCAUAACUUGCAGGACGAAUCUGGUUCCAUCUGUGCUGCUUCUCUCUGGCUACAGCUCGAGUUUGUAGAAAAUGGCCCCAUGUCAAGGAGUGUGGACAAGGCAAAGGAACCAGGAAUGCUUCUCACUGAGUUUGAAAUACGUGUUAGACGGGCUCAGGAAACCACAUUAGUUAUUAAGGAGUAACAAUGGAAAGAGAAACCUCUUUUUCCUCAUUUUUUUCAGGAGUGGUUUCAGCCUGGAGGGUUUUCUCUGGGGAAGCACAAUUGGCCUUGCACUGGAAAAUGGUUUUGUCAGUGCAGAAAGCUCAGACUCUGCCUCUGCCCAUGUUUCCUAAACCAGGACUGAGCUUUGAUCCGUGUGCUCAAAACCUUGAGUCCACAGGUAGGGAGGGAGUGCUGGAGUCAUCCAGAAAUACAAACAUGAGAGUGAGUAAUUGAUCAAGCUCUAUGUAACUUCUGAGAGGAAAGUUACUCUUAUGCCUGAGCACCAUAAACUAGCAGGAGGAAAGCGGUGCUGGGGAUGGUAGGAAUUUAAUUUCUCUUUUUUCCCCUCAAGAUUAAAUGCCCCAUGGGCAUAGGAGCCAGUUUCCAGGAUCACAGUGCAGUGUCAGAAUAACUGGAGUUCCUUGCUGCGACCUUUCAUGGUGAUUGAAUCGAUCACCAGCAGUAAGAGCAGUGAUGCCUGGCCCAGAACCACUCUCAGUGUGUUUCUGGUUCAUGCCAUGCUGUUGCGUUUCCGCCUCCUGUGUGACACUUGCACCUGAAGUGUCAGACUGCACUUACCUUCAGACAAAGUAACUCCACGUUGUAUGGCAUCGGCAGUCAGUGCAGUCAGGAAUAUUCUUUCUGUCAUCAUUAUGUUUUUGAGCCAGACCUACCUUUCUGUCCUAUUCCUUUGACUUGUUUCCGUGGUCUUCUGGAUUUGUAAGUAAUCUGAGGGGUUGUUCAGUUUCACAUGGAUUUAAAUUUGGGCAUGGAAGGGGCCAUUUGCUUUGUCUGUCACUUGUUUUCUCAGUCCCAGCACAGCAGUGCUGGUUAUUCUGUGGUGGCUCCAGCUCAUGGCAUUCCCGUUUGUUCUGGUGCUCCAUUACUGAUUCAGAGAAAUAAACUUGGGAUGGGUUACAAAUUGUCACACUGUCAUAGUGGCUGUUCCUCUUUAUUUCAGUACGUGGUCAUUAAUAGGAGAUCUCAUCAUUCCUGAAGUAUUCUUGACACCUUUUCAAGCCAGCCCAUCCAUGCCAACAGCUUCAGUCCUUGUUUUCAGAGGCCUUUGCAUGCAGUGACUUAGUGAUCCCUGGGCAAGGAGGUGCCAUCGAUCGAUGGAUCAUUGUCUGAGCAAAGGGAGUUCUGCAGAUCGCCCAAGACCAGAGGGAGUAAGGGUAGACCACACCCUUUCCAUGAAACCACAGUUGCUUGCUUGGACGGAUUUAUCCAACAGGGAUAGUUGGUCACGUUGCAGCAAAGCCCAGCAAAGGCACAUGGACACUUCCCCAAGUUAUGGAGACAUUUCCCGGUAUAACCGUCCUCAGAAUGGAGGCUGUCUGAAUCCUUUCUGUGCCCUUCUCCUUUCAUCAUCCUCUAACUCUUCCUCUUGUUGCUGGGCUCUCUCUGGAGCCAGAGUGGUCUCCGGGGGGGUUAUCUGCUGGUAAUAAUCGGGCACUUGGGGACAGUGAGUCGCAGUGUCUGCACCAUAUGGGCUGGAGGCAUCUUCUUCAUUGUUACGGAAUUUGCAGUCUGUAUGUUGAUAGCUGAAGGCACUAACUUGGAACCCACAGUCUGUUGUGGCUUUUUUGAUAUAUACUUUGCUUUACUGCUAGAGGAUAAAUUCUAAUGUGAAGCUGUACUUUGUUUUCUUGUUAAGUAAGUUGUAAGAGCCUUGUAUGGAAGCAUUGUAGAUGUCCUGGCUCCCACUGAGUGAGUGAGGAGUGAUGGUGUACAGCCAAGAGUGUUAAUGGCUAAGGAUCAUACAGAGAUGUCAUUGGUGACUGGGGGACUGACACUGGGAUUUUCUUCCACAGUUGAGUGCUCUCAGUCACGCAAAAGCUUUGGUUAUUUACCUGCUUGCUCCCUACCUCAGCUGAAUUUGAUGAACAGCACUUCCAUGCACAGCAGCCCAAGGAGCAGCAGAUGUUCUGGGUCGUUUUCCAGGCCUCAGCCCAUGCUGCUGCCUGAAUUUGUAACUGAGCACUGAAUGCCACACUGCAGGUGCCUGUUGGCGGUGUCUGCCUGGCUCAGCCUCUCCCUCCUUGCCUGUACCAGACUCCUUCAGUGCCUGCUCAGCUCUGUGUCUGCUCACCCCCCUGAACGCCCGGGUGCAGUGAGGAGUUAGGGAGAAGCCAGCACGUUGUGGCCGGCUGCUUCGGACUGUCUCUCUGAAGGGUCAGUCCCUAAAAAUGCUGUGCUCAGACAUGAUGUGUGUGUUUAGAAUAACAGCUGAGAGUCCAGGUCCUUCUUUUAAGGGAAGAUGUAACUCAUGAAGGUCAGGUCUUAAACUGGUGAGAGGAUAAGUAAUGAGUGGAGUGCUGAAGGUAAAAUGGAUGAAACGGAAGCACAUCCUUAUGGAGUCAGAGACUAAGGGGAAGCUGAGGAGGCCAGUGGAGAGCAGGCUGGAAAGAACUGUUCAAUACACCUCAUGAGCUCUCUUUGCACAGCACAGUUCUUAGCACUGUCCUGCAGGGGGUUGGGUAACUUUUGCUUUGAACUUAAUUGCAUUUGUUGGUGGGGUUGAGUGGAUGGAGGGGUGUUGCGUUUUUAAGAAGAGCUGUCUCAGCCAUGUUCCUCUCUUUUCCUGAAGGCCUCAGUUGGCCGGCAGAGCCCGAGGGUGGUCCCAUACCCAGCCCGCAGCCUAUGUCCUGGAGAGCCCGCCCUUCAGAGUGCAGCAGUUGUGUCAAUGGGCUCAGCUGAUCAUCGACUGAACCUGGCAGAGAUCCUUUCACAGAACUACGGUGUACGGGAAGAAAGGGAGGACGAUGAUACUCAGGAGAAGCAGAAAUCUUUAGAAGAGCUGGAGAAGAGUUUCAGUGCCUCUCAGAGCAGUGAAAUGCCAUUUGAGGAGCUGCUUGCACUGUAUGGCUAUGAGGCAUCUGAUCCUAUCUCCGAGCAGGACAGUGAGAGCAAUGACAUCACUCCAAAUCUCCCUGAUAUGACUCUGGAUAAGGAACAAAUAGCGAAGGAUUUGCUUUCAGGGGAAGAAGAGGAGGAGACACAGUCCUCAGCUGACGAUCUGACUCCAUCCGUCACGUCCCACGAUGCGUCGGACUUAUUCCCAAACCAGCCUGGCUCAAACAACUUCCUUGCUGAUGAAGACAAAGAGCCCUGUUCAUCUCCAUGUGCUUCCUCCAUGGCUGAGGAUUCAGAGGUGGAUUCCAUCCCAUCCAACGAGUGUAAGAAGGAGAUCAUGGUUGGACCUCAGUACCAGGCCACUGUUCCCAUCCUCCGCUUAAACAGGCACAGGCAAAAAGUGCUUUUUCUGUUAGCCUAUGAGAAUGAAGAUCAGCUGCUUUGGGACCCAAACAUCCUCCCUGAGAGAGAGGUUGAAGAGUUCCUGUACCGCGCUGUGAAGCGGCAGUGGGACGAGCUGUCCGGCAGCAGCCUGCCAGAGGGAGAGGUGGUGAAGGACAACGAACAGGCUUUGUAUGAGCUGGUGAAAUGCAACUUCAAUGCAGAAGAGGCACUACGGAGGUUACGGUUCAACGUGAAGGUUAUCAGAGAUGAGCUUUGUGCCUGGAGCGAGGAAGAAUGUAGAAAUUUUGAACAUGGCUUUAGGGUCCACGGGAAAAACUUUCACCUUAUCCAAGCAAACAAGGUCCGCACCCGGUCAGUGGGCGAGUGUGUGGAGUAUUAUUAUAUGUGGAAAAAAUCAGAGCGCUAUGACUACUUCACUCAGCAGACUCGUUUAGGAAGGAAGAAGUACGUCCUCCACCCUGGAGCCACAGAUUUCACUGACAAUGACCUGGAUGGAGUUGAAGUAGAAAACACCAGUCGUUCCCGGAGCUCCCCACCAAUUCCCUCUGCAACUGGCUGCCUGAAUGCUCACUUUGGUCAAGAUCAGAUAGCAAUAGAGAGCACAGAGCCCCUGAGCGUGGAGAGCACGGCCUGCAGCCUGGGCAGCAUCAGCGAGUCAGGGCAGGGCUACGAGUGCAGCACCCCCUCAGAGACGAAUUGCUCCUUUGACCCCACGGAGGAGACGUCCUCAGGCGCUGUGCCAGCGUCCUGCCAACGACACACUGUCCCCCACUCCGAGCCGGAGCUCUUUGCUUUGCCGCCGGCAGGACCAGGACUGUCAGAGAAGCAGGAGACUUUGCAGAGCUCUGGUGAGACGAUAACUAUGGACUUCACUCUCCCUGCAGACAUUAACGAGGGGUUGCCUUUAAUUGCCGGCCCUGUGGAUUUGGACAGAGACCCAGAGGCAGUGGUGGCCCCUGCGCAAGUGUCCUUAUCGGUCACAGAUUUUGGUCUCAUUGGCAUCGGAGAUGUAAAUAGUUUCCUGACUGCUCAUCAGGCUUGCCCGGCACCUGUGGCUCAGUCAGAGCCUCUGUCACAGUGAAAGUCUCCAGUCACAAAUUUGUCACAGACCCAGCAAGGACUUUGACCUGACUGAGUGAAAUCCUGGAACUUCCACUGUCCUGUAGGGACAGUUUGGAGCUGUUGGUCAGAAUCCGUCUUUCCAUCCUCCUUGAUCCAAGGCUACAGUGAAACCAAACACCUUUCUGCUCCAGUGUAUCCUGACGCAAUCACGCAGAGUGAUGGCUGGCUUUCCUGGGGGGGGAGGUCCAUCACCCCCUCUUCUGUUGACCACGUAUCACCCCAGGUGACGCCAGGCUGCUCAGAGAGUCCCUGCCUCAGGACAGGGGAAGUGUCCCUUGGCCCCAGUGGGACAGUCUGAGGGCAGAAAUGCUUUGAGAACAGGGCUGUGUCUCUGUUAUGUUGAGGAUGCAGUUCAGGGGUCCGAGAGCUCGGGAGGUCUGCAGGAAGCACAGCCUGCCCAGGCCGCAGGGCAGUUCACUGCAGAGACGGGCAUGGCAAUGCCAAGGGAAGCUGAGGAGUGUCUUGGCCCUUCUCCCACAGGCAGUGUGUUGCAGUAGGAGUCACUUACUGCAGUCUUCUCCCAACAGCUCUGGAUCAUGACAGGCAGAAACACUGCUGCUUCCAGCCUCAGGCAGCUCUGUGUUCCUGGUGCCCGCUGUCCACCAGCUGCAGGUGGGUCAUGGCCUGGUCCAACCCUUGGGCUGAGGCGUCAGGUCUUGGAAGGGGGAUGCUGUGUGGUGCAGCAGCGUUGUGUGCACUUGAGUCCUUCUCACCUUCCUACGCAGUGCUGGCCCAGGGAGAAUUGGUAUGGGCAGAAAUAUGAGUUUCUAGAGCCACAGAGUGAUGCUGGCCCAGAGCACUGUGAUGCUGCCACUUCUGCUGCUGGUGGGGAAUGACCUGAUCCUCACCUGCUCACAGUGCAAGAGGGUAAAAUGCAAAUUAAAACUUCUGUAACUUCCCAGUUUGUUCCAACAAUUUGUCAGCAGAGGGAUGAGGUUACUUAGCUCCCAGAGUGCAAAGCCUGGGACACUGGUGCUAGCUCAGUCUCAGGCAGGGGAGCACACCCAACCCUGGGCAUCCCUGCCCCUCCCUCACAAAGCAGACUGUUUUCUGAGAGGAAAGUGUGUCUUUAGUGCCAUGCUCAGGGAGGUGACAGGUAGCCCUGUGUGGUGAGGAGGUACUGCCUGCCGUGCAGAGCCACGGGGGCCUGUCCAUGGGUGUGCUGGGGUCCAGAGCUGCUUUGCUUCCCACAUGUGUUCCAGGUCUGGUGUUUGCCACUGGCUUAAAUCCAACGUGUUCUCAUUCCCCUUUUUCCAUGCAGAGAAUGCUCUCCCCUCACCUGCUGAGCAAGGCCCUCGUGCAGAUGGUCCCUUCCUCCAGCCGUGUUCUGCAGUUGGGAGGGGGCUUGGGUUGAGGGCUUUUGCUUGCUUUGGUAGAGGCCUUGGGGCUUUGACUGUGCACUUUGCUGCCAGUGGAUUUGACAGGUACCUAAACCCACAAGCCUGCAUCCUCCUUUUACCUGACCCUGGGAAGUUGUGCUCAGCCCCGCAGGUGGGGCACAGAGGCAGGAUGAAGCAGCCUCACGGGAUGGCAGGAUUAGACCUUGUCUCAUCUCCUAAGCCCCAAAUCUGUUCUGUGUGCAUUAGCAGGGGUUUGCUUUGGUCCCCAGCACUGCUGGGAGGUGCUGAGCCUCAGGCACAAGCAGCUGCCUUCACCUGGUACCAUUUUGUCAGCCAAAUGUGGUUGGCAGAGGCCUCCCCUCCAGCUGCUCCCAGUGCCUGCUCCACAGUGGAACUGCCCAGGCUGUGAUUCCCCUUUCCUGGGGACAAGAGGAAUCUCCUUGGCUGAAGGGAGAAGAGGCAGGGUGAGAGUAUGGGUAGCCCUCCCAGGGAGGGCCAGGCCUUGGCAUCUCCUCCAUCAGUUGAGAACAUUCUUAGUUUUUCUGAAACCAUUUUUUCUUUGGUUUGUUUCAAGCCCUAAUGAAAGGAGACAGGAGCUGGGGAAGGCAGAAAUCUCUUUAUGUCUUUCAGUGUUGUUUACAAAUUUGCAUGGGGUCUUUCAACACGAGUGUGGGCUUUAUCCACAUAACUUUGAGGCAGAGGGGUGGAAAAGGCUGGGACAGGGAAGGGGGAGUCACUGAGGGGGGAGGUUUGGUUUUGGUUUUUGUUGGGAUUUUCUUUUUCCUUCUUACAAAGCACAUUCACUUUGAGCCGCCCAAUGCUGGACUCUUCUCCCUUGCCCCCCAGCCCUACACUGUGAAGUGACACUGCCUUGAAGACCCCUCGCUGUUAUUUAUUUAAUUAAAAACCUAAUUUGAAAGUGA